CCUUUUCCCAGCUCCCAGGGCCGAGACAGGAUGUCACUUUCGGCCGCGGACCGGGUGCUCUUUUCAUAGCUGUCACCGGGAGGCUUUUUCUGCUUCAGAAGCCGUGAAAUCCGCAUCUGGGGCUGGCUUAUCUGGACUGGGCUGCCCCUCGGAGCUCUCCCCCCGCCCAGCGCCCCACCGCCUCCGAGCGGCAGCCGCAGCCCCGGGUCCCUUGUGCGGCUGCGGGGAGCAGGCGGGGAGGGGCCGCGCAGCCCCGCAGCCGGCGCGGGAAGCCUGUGAGCGCCGGGUCAGCCGAGGCUUCCCCCGUGCCGCUCCGCUCCGUCUGCAGGAAGGCGCAGCGGGGUGGGGACCGGAGGAAGGAGCGGAGUGGCCUCCCCGGGGUGGGCAGCGCAGCUUGGGCGCCGGCCCAUGCCUCGAGGUGUGCAGUGAGCGGGAGCCGCGGAGCAGUGUCGGCGGGCGGCCGGGACCAUGUCGGAGCCGGAGAGCGGUGCCGCAGAUGCAGUUUCCACAUCCACUUACUCAUCACCAGCCAAGAGCUUGGGAGAUCCUGGAAUAACUCCACUGUCUCCAUCACACAUUGCAAAGGACUCCGAUGCAGAUGAUGCUGUAGAACAGUUAUAUCUUGUUGUUGUGGCUAUUGAUUUUGGCACAACAUCCAGUGGCUACGCCUACAGCUUCACCAAGGAGCCAGAAUGUAUUCAUGUAAUGAGGCGCUGGGAAGGUGGAGAUCCAGGUGUGUCCAAUCAGAAGACGCCGACCACUAUCCUGCUGACACCGGAGAGAAAGUUUCAUAGCUUUGGCUAUGCAGCCAGAGACUUCUACCACGACUUGGAUCCCACUGAAUCGAAACACUGGUUGUAUUUUGAAAAGUUUAAGAUGAAACUGCAUACCACUAGUAAUCUUACUAUGGAGACAGAUCUGACAGCUGCAAAUGGCAAAAAAGUCAAAGCACUUGAGAUAUUUGCUUAUGCUCUGCAAUUCUUUAAGGAACAAGCAUUAAAGGAGCUCAGUGACCAAGGGGGCUCAGACUUUGAAAACAAUGAAGUGAGAUGGGUCAUUACAGUGCCAGCUAUUUGGAAGCAGCCUGCAAAGCAGUUCAUGAGACAAGCUGCCUACAAGGCAGGAAUGGCAUCGCCCGAAAACCCCGAGCAGCUGAUCAUUGCCCUGGAACCUGAGGCUGCCUCUAUCUACUGCCGAAAGCUCCGUCUGCACCAGAUGAUAGACCUGAGCAAUAGGGCACCUGUCAAUGGUUAUAGCCCGAGUGACACUAUUGGAACUGGAUUUACACAGGCUAAGGAGCACAUCCGUCGUAAUCGACAGAGUCGUACCUUUAUGGUGGAAAAUGUCAUAGGAGAGAUCUGGUCUGAACUGGAAGAAGGUGACCGUUACAUCGUGGUUGACAGUGGAGGAGGCACAGUAGAUAUGACUGUCCAUCAGAUCAGGCUCCCUGAAGGACAUCUGAAAGAACUGUACAAGGCAACAGGUGGGCCAUAUGGUUCUCUGGGUGUGGACUAUGAAUUUGAAAAGCUCCUGUGUAAAAUAUUUGGAGAAGAUUUUAUUGAGCAGUUUAAAAUCAAGCGUCCUGCUGCCUGGGUAGAUCUGAUGAUAGCAUUUGAGUCCCGUAAACGAGCAGCAGCUCCAGACAGGACCAAUCCACUAAACAUCACUCUGCCUUUCUCCUUCAUUGACUAUUACAAGAAGUUUCGAGGUCACAGCGUAGAACAUGCCUUGAGGAAAAGCAAUGUGGACUUUGUGAAGUGGUCCUCCCAGGGAAUGCUGAGGAUGAGCCCGGAUGCAAUGAAUGCUCUUUUCAAGCCUACAAUUGACCAGAUUGUCCAGCACCUUAGUGAUGUGUUCGAUAAGCCAGAAGUGACCAAUGUCAAGUUUCUGUUCCUCGUGGGUGGCUUUGCCGAAUCCCCCUUACUCCAGCAAGCCGUGCAGAGCGCUUUUGGCUCAAGAUGUCGAGUCAUCAUUCCUCAGGAUGUGGGGCUCACGAUCCUCAAAGGAGCUGUUCUCUUUGGCCUAGACCCUGCUGUCAUCAAAGUGCGGCGCUCCCCACUCACCUAUGGCGUGGGUGUGCUGAAUCGGUUUGUGGAAGGGAAGCACCCAGCAGAGAAGCUCCUAAUCAAAGACGGCACACGCUGGUGCACCGACGUCUUCGACAAGUUCAUCUCAGCCGACCAGUCUGUAGCCCUUGGAGAGACUGUGACACGCAGCUACACACCGGCCAAGCCUUCUCAGUUAGUAAUAGUGAUCCAUAUCUACAGCUCAGAACAGGAUAACGUUAGCUUCAUCACCGAAGCUGGGGUGAAGAAGUGUGGCACCCUUCGCUUGGAUCUCACGGGAACUGAUGCUUCGGUGCCAAACCGGCGGGAGAUCAAAACGCUUAUGCAGUUUGGGGACACUGAAAUCAAAGCCAUGGCCAUUGAUGUUGCCACCUCUAAAAGUGUCAAAGUUGGUAUUGAUUUCUUAAACUACUAACAGCCCGCUCUCCCCACCGCAGCCUGUUUGUGAGACUGCUCUUCCCCUAUUCCAUCUUUUUGACGUUCAUGUAUCACCUAAUCAACUUGAAUUUCAGCAGGCUAUAUGAGAACAGCUACCAGGGUGGGGGGUGUCGUGUUCGUGCCCUUUGGUAACCAAAGGCUGCGUUUCAAAAGACCCUUGCAAAGCUUGGGGAGCAAAAGUUCCAGAGGUAGUAAAAGUUCCCAAGUUACUCAAGCAUGCUUAAAGAGCUACCUUUAUUAAAUGAAAACUGAUUGUUGUUGGGACCCGAAGAUUAGUUGAAAAGAUAGAAAAUUAUUAUCUCUUUGCUGCCUUCUUCCUCCUUCUCCCAAGAAAACCUCACCCACUUGGUGGCUGUAGAGGGCAUAUCUGUUUAAACAGCAUCAUCCUCUGGCAAUGGGAACAAAUCAAUAGUCUAUAAUAUUUCGAUUUUGGGUUUUGCCUUGUGCUUUCAAAACUUCAAGUGCUGAAAAAGCAAUGAUUUAGAGUAAUGGGAAUUGAGUUUCUUAUAUUCUGAGGCCCUGCUGAAAAGAAAAUCCCCCGAAAUCCUUUAAAAUUACUUUAAAGUUAUAUAUUGAUUUCUCCAGUUUGAAAACAAAACCUUUAUUGUCACAGCUCUCAGAACAAGCUGUUGGAUUAAAUAGGUAGCGUUGCCCACAUUAUGCUUAGGAAAAUUAUUAAAGACAAAGCUAUCUCCCUUUUGGGUCUUCCAACUUGUUUUUAUUAUUCUCCAUCUGAAAUCAUAGAAUCAAAGAAUAGUUGAGGUUGGAAGGGAUAUUCAUUGGCCAUCUGGUCCCAACCUCGCUGUUCUAAGCAGUGUUAGCUACAGCAGGAUGCUUUGUCCAGGUUUCAAUGUCUCCAACAAUGGAGAUGUCUAAACUCUGGUCAACCUGAUGCAGUAUUUGACAACCCUCAUUUUUUUUACCUUGUGCUUACAAGGAAUUUCUUGCAUUUCAGUUUGUGCCCAUUGCCUCUUCUCAGAGGUAUGCAGUAAAAGAAGUCUGGUUCCACGUUCUUUACUGUCUUCUGUAAGGCAUUUAUUCACUUUCCUAGCAUGCCCUGAGCCUUCUCAAGUCCAAACAGUAUCUCUAAGCUUCUCCUCUUGACAUGUACUCCAGUCCCUUAAUCCUCACGGCCCUUGGCUUGUCUCACACCAGUAUGCCCAUGACACUCUUGUACUGAGAAGCAUAGAGCUGGACCUGACACCCUAGAUAUGGGUCUCACCAAGGCUGAAUAAAGGGGAAUAAUCACUUUCCUUGACCUGCUGGCAAUGCUCUUCCUAAUACAGCCUAGGAGACUAUUGGCAUUUUGUUGCAAGGGCAAAUUAUUGACUCGUGCUCAACUUCUUUUUAUUUAUUUUUGUCUACCAAGACCCUGAGAUCUUUUUCUGCCAAGCUGCUUCCCACUCAGUUGGCUGACAGCAUGUAGUAGUGCAUGGUGUUAUUCCUCCACAGGUUCAGGACUUUGCACUUCCCUUCAUUGAACUUUGUAAGGUUCGUGUUUGCACAUCUCUCCAGCCUGUCAAGAUCCCUCUGACCCAGUGAUUUUCCAAGUGAUUAUAUCUCCUUUCUUGCUAAUCUCUGUGUAAAGAUUUGGAAGUAGAGGUAGAUGAUGGCUGCCCAAGAAGAUUAAGACAACUUUAAAGAGAGAAAAUGCCCAGAUCAAGAGUAGCAUAGUCUAUUUUCAGUAGCACACAUUAUAAGUGAGUAAAAUAGAUUUCUAUGUGGAGUUGAAUGGCCAGUAAAGUGGAAGGCAGAAGCCAAGAGAGUGAAACUACAAAUAGCAUCAAGUAAAGCAUUUCUUCCAUGGCUGUGAGCACACAGCUCUAAUGCAGGUGAAAUACAGAGAUGCUCAUGGGAGCAUCUUGUUUUCCACAUAAUAGCUUCCUGAAAACAUUUUCUUAAGCACUUUCACUUGGAACAUUUCUCCUGCGACUGGAACAGUUUUUAUGUUGAAGAAUGCUAAAGGUAAGGUCACUUCCAAACCUACAGUCUGUACCUGCUGAGAACUGGCAGCUUCAGAUACAAAUCCACAUCCCUCCCCAAACUGACAGACUGACACUAACACACAGAAUCAGCCUUCCAGAGAAUUUGUACAGAGCUGCCUGAUUACCUGCUGGAAUUCAUUGCAUAUUUGAAGUGUUAAUUGCUAAACUAAAUCUUGCUUCCUGAGAAGUUGAGCAUGAGUUAAAUCCAUUACUGACACUUCUAGGAAAUGAAAGCUCUGUCAGUUAUUUCACGAGUUCACAUUCCAGUCCUGUACUAAAGCUGUGUUUUACCUGGAGUUUUGCCACAGGAAAGAGCUGCAGAACUACUACAUGCAACUGCGUUUUGCCAUUGGAGUUUUCUGUGUCUCCUGCACAGUUCCCUAGUUGAAUGUGAAAUCUGUUCUGCAUUCAUGUUUCUCUAAACAAAGAGAAAAAAAAAAAGGAGAAAACCAAACCAAACCAAAACAAAAAGGACUAUGGAGAAUGCAAGUCAUAGUAUCUGGCUGGGUACUUUCUAUAAUUACAAAGUGUGCUUGCUAGCAUUCAGUUCCCUGCUGCCUGCUAAAUGCUUUAAAAGCUGAAUACCGGGAUUUAUUUUUUUGUGUGUGUGUGUAUGUUGCUUUCCAUGGUUUACAAACAAGAGAAACUUUAAGAUGAGUUAUGAACAAUAUAAUUUUAUGUAUAUACAAUAUUUAAAUACUGUACAGACUUUUCUUUCUACAGCGCUAUUUUUCUUGUACGAAAAUGCUCUUUUGCCUCUGUUGAUUUCAUUCAGCUGUUAAUUUUAAAUAACAUAGUUUCUCAAUCAGCUUCUGUAAUUACAGGCUUUUAAAGGUGGUAAGAGAUGAAAUAGAAAAGGCUGAUCUCAUAAUAAUAGGAAAGAAAUGUUGGUGUGUCAGACAAUCCAACAUUCUUCCUGCAAUGCAAGUCAUACCAGUUCAGCAUAUUGCACAGAUGCAGUAGUAUGUUGCUGGGAUUUUCAUUUCUUUCUUUCAGAUGGUGACCAUUCCAUCUCCAGCAGUUCUUCAUAAUAAUGGAUGAAUCCUCCUGUAAAAACCAAGUUAAAAAUUAAGAUUGAAUGAUCUGAAUAUUCAACUUCUCCACCAGGUUUGGGGUGGGGGGGUGAGGCUGGUGGUGUUUAUUAAGAAUCUUCUCGAGUUAAAACAAACAAACAAAAUGCAAAACCAACAAAAACAAAUGCAAAACUAACCUUCCAAAGCCAGGUGACACUGAUCUACUGUAGCUGCAGGUCAGACCCUGUCUCUGUCUACCACUGCCACCUGCCAAAAGACAAAAUUCUGAAAGUAGACCCUGGGUCUCUUUGCAUCCUAUGUUAAACUGGAAUCAGUCCAGUUCUGCACAGAUUUGUUUCUUGUGCUCUCCUGUUAGCACAGAGUUUGGUCUAAUAAGUGGCUAAAACCUCUCCCUCUCUCCUUUCAAGAAGGGGUGAACUGCAAGGUCAAGUGGCCCAUGACUUUUGUGCUGUUAUCAGCCUGUCUGUGGGGAAUGCUAACAGUAGUUUCUGCAGCUCUUCUGAAGCAUAGUUCCCUGCACAGUAGCUAUUCUCUGCCCUUUCUUAUUCACCUUUUGUAAGAUCCCAUCUGGGUCCAAGCAAGGGUUUGUUGCUGAAAUUACUGUAACUGUGAAGUGUAAUUUUCCAUAUUUUUUUGCACUCCCUCAUUGAGUCUGAGGAGAACACUUUCAAGCUUAUCUUUGCAAGAUCACUGAACUACUGAACAAACUCCCAACUGUCCUUGUUGCCCUCUUGAAAUCUUAAGAAUGGAAAAUUAGCUUGUCUAAAGAGUUAGAAUCGUAAGUAGAAUAUUAAUGCUGUGGUCUGUAGUCUAUAAGCCAGUGAAAACGACUUUGUGAAGUGGCAUGUGGAUGCCUGCUUCGAUAGAGGAGGGUAGGCUGUGAAAGUAAUAUGAAUUUUAUUAGGAAAUGAGUCAAUUUUUAGAGUAGCAGUUUUGCUGGAGAGCCCCUGCAGAGUAUUUCUUUUUUAAUAGGGUUGUCAGAUGACAUUGUGCAACUUAAUAUUGAGAAGAUGAGACCUGCUCUCCUUAGGGAAAGCAAAAGGUCAUAGGAAUUCUGCUCUGAGCAGUGUCAUGCAAGUUUGGCUUCAAGUUAACUCUAGAAUGAAAGCAAAUGGUUUUAGGAGAAGUUCUGCUCUCAGCAGCCAACGUGCAAGUUUAGGUCCAAGUUAACUCUAGAAUGAAAGCAGAAGGUCUUAGGAACAGUUCUUCUCUGAGCAGCCACUGUCCAAGUUUGAGUCCAACUUAACUCUAGAAUGAAAGCAAAAGGUCUUAGGAACAGUUCUUCUCUGAGCAGCCAGUGUCCAAGUUUGAGUCCAAAUUAGAAUGAAAGCAAAAGGUCUUAGGAGAAAUUCUGCUCUGAGCAGCCAGUGUCCUAGUUUGAGUCCAAAUUAACUCUAGAAUGAAAGCAAAUGGUCUUAGGAACAGUUCUGCUCUGAGCAGCCAGUGUCCUAGUUUGAGUCCAAAUUAACUCUAGAAUGAAAGCAAAAGGUCUUAGGAACAGUUCUGCUCUGAGCAGCCAGUGUCCUAGUUUGAGUCCAACUUAACUCUAGAAUGAAAGCAAAAGGUCUUAGGAGAAGUUCUGCUCUGAGCAGCCAGUGUCCUAGUUUGAGUCCAACUUAACUCUAGAAUGAAAGCAAAAGGUCUUAGGAACAGUUCUUCUCUGAGCAGCCACUGUCCAAGUUUGAGUCCAAAUUAGAAUGAAAGCAAAAGGUCUUAGGAGAAGUUCUGCUCUGAGCAGCCAGUGUCCUAGUUUGAGUCCAAAUUAACUCUAGAAUGAAAGCAAAAGGUCUUAGGAACAGUUCUGCUCUGAGCAGCCAGUGUCCUAGUUUGAGUCCAACUUAACUCUAGAAUGAAAGCAAAAGGUCUUAGGAACAGUUCUUCUUUGAGCAGCCAGUGUCCAAGUUUGAGUCCAAAUUAACUCUAGAAUGAAAGCAAAAGGUCUUAGGAACAGUUCUGCUCUGAACAGCCAGUGUCCUAGUUUGAGUCCAAAUUAACUCUAGAAUGAAAGCAAAAGGUCUUAGGAACAGUUCUGCUCUGAACAGCCAGUGUCCUCGUUUGAGUCCAAAUUAACUCUAGAAUGAAAGCAAAUGGUCUUAGGAACAGUUCUGCUCUGAGCAGCCAGUGUCAAGUUUGGGUCCAAGUUAACUCUAGAAUGAAAAUUAGCAGCUGACUGUAACAGAAUCAUUAAUUGUGCUAGAAUAUGAUAAACGUGCAGCGACAGUUAGGACAGUUUCCAUUGGUAUGAAUAUACCAAUAUUUAUAUACAGGAGUUUUAAUGCAUUAUUAUGAGAAGGCUACUUAUAUGCUGCAGAGAUUUAAUUGCCAAGAUAAGCUGCAUAUUUAUGACACGAAGUGGCUUAAGCGGAUGAAUAGUAUCAAAGUUGUUGGGCAUAAUGUCACAAUACUCACCUGCUUGAAAUAGUCUUAAACUAUAUUAUAAAACCAACCAUUGUGGUCUUGUUCACCUCUGUGCAAGAUAAACUCAGAUUUCACUGAUGUUUGGAGCUGUUCACAACUUGUCUGGAUUGUGUCUUGAGUGUUUGUGUGUCUUCAAUCACGUCAAAUAAAAUACCAUAAAACUA